UAGUUCAAUUCUGGAUAACCAAUCAAAAUAAAAUAUAAGUAUAUUUCUUAGAAAUCUAUUUAUUUAUGUGUAGAGCAAGGUUAUUAUUUGCAAAAUUCUGUUCAGUGAAUCCAGCUAUAUGUGGCAACAGUAACUAUCGCAUCUAGUGUCAGCCCUGCGCCCGUUUUGAAAACCCCCACCGAGUGCGAUAAAUUCAGUUGGGCCCAAGAAACCAUACGCAACAGGCCGCCAAAGGGCCAAUUACGCGCUUCUCAACCACUGGCCCCAUUAGCAACAACAACAACAAGAGCAAUAGCAACAACCACUGCGCCAACAACACAUCAUCUCAUCCAUUUUACGGAAAACGUCACUAAAAUCCAAGGAAAGCGAUGCGAUUAAGCCGCUAAUCUCGGCGAGAUGCGCGGAAUCGAGGGCAAAGUGCUUGUUCUGGGCUCGCGAGGUGUGGGCAAAACACGCUUGGUCAUCCGCUACAUAAAGAACACGCUGCACAGGAAGGAGAGCGAGGUGCCCACAAUAGCCGUGUCCUUCUUCACGUGCAACAUCAUCCUGGACGAGGUCAAAAUUAAAUUGCAAAUUUGGGACACAGCUGGCCAGGAGCGGUAUCGGGCGGUGGCGCCCAUGUACUACAGGAAUGCCAACGCUGCCAUUCUGGUCUUCGAUCUGACGCAGUACAAGACCUUCACGGAGAUCAAGUCGUGGAUUCAGGAGCUGCACCGCAAUGUUCAGGAUCCGAUGAUACUGACGCUUGUGGGGAACAAGAUGGACAUGCAGGCGCAGCGAGCGGUUUCCCGGGAGGAGGCAUUCGUGUUCGCCACCUCCAUUGGGGCAACCUACUUUGAAACCUCCACCGAAACGGAUCAGGGACUCGAGCAAGUGUUCAUCUCCACUGCCCAGGGACUGGUUCGCCUGGCGGACGAGGGCAAGAGCCCAUCGCUGCGCUCCUUUGAGUCGACUGAUUCGCUGGCCUACACCAACACCAACACUGCCUUCAGUCACACGGUGGCCGCCCUGGCCAGGAGCUCCGGCAAUGCAGCAUUUCGUCUGCCCUACGUGGACAUUGGCUUGGCGGUGGAGGGCGAGGACGUGAAGACCAAUGGCGUGGGGCGGCUGGAGACGGCGCCGUGGAGCAUCGAGCACAUUGCCCUCGGCGAGGUGGAGCGGCCCAGCUGGUGCUGCUACUAAGAUCUAUCAGAUCCCCAGGAUCCAUAUCUGUGAAAGAACCAAUGUGAUUUUAACAGAAGCAGACUGCAGUUCGAAUAUGGGCUCAAGGGCCAACCAGCAUCGUUUAAGCAAUCAAGCAAUCCAACUCCAGAAAUGCAAAGACCAAAAGCAGCCGCCGCAACAGCAAGAAGCGAACUUGGCUUGAAGCUAUGUAUUAAUACACUGAUUAGGCUAGAUCCACGAUCCUCUCGAUCCACUGACAAGGCGCUGGGAUAACCGCUUCAUCAUAAUCUUAGUUCUUAAUGACAGCUGUAUACAGCAAUUGCCGCGUGCAUAUUAUGACUUUAUACACUUGUUUCGCUAUAAGCCCAUUUGACUUACCAAUCCUAAGAUUAACUCACAAACACAAGGAGCAGCACUCACGAAACACUCACCCACAAGACAUUAACACAAACACCAAUUCAUGUACAAAGCAUUUUAUACUGCAUGCCUAUAAUAAAUGUAAAUGUAAUAAUGUA